CUGGCACGCCUCUUCGUUGACUCUUAUAUAAUAUGGGGUUUCACAGGGCACUGAUGUAGAAAUAAAGUCAAACAUUCUAGAGGCGGACUCAUAUUACUUGUUGUAUUGCUGGUGCUCCUUUCACUGUGGGGUGUAGGGCUGCUCUCAGAAGGGUGAUCUGUGGCCCUGUUUGAGUGAAUUUUGGAACGUGUGCAGGAUGGCUCCAAACGAGGCAAGGGAUGAACUUGUUUUCUUUGUGAAUGGUAAAAAGGUGGUGGAAAAAGAUGUGGACCCAGAAACAACUCUGCUAACCUAUCUACGAAGAAAAUUGGGCCUAUGUGGGACCAAACUAGGCUGUGGAGAAGGUGGAUGUGGUGCUUGCACUGUUAUGAUAUCCAAGUAUGAUCCCUUUCGGAAGAAAAUCCUCCACCACACUGCCAAUGCUUGCCUCUUCCCUGUCUGUGCCCUGCAUCAUGUAGCUGUAACUACUGUUGAAGGCAUAGGAAGCACAAAAUCCAGGCUGCACCCAGCCCAGGAGAGAAUAGCAAAGAGUCAUGGGUCCCAAUGUGGCUUUUGCACUCCAGGCAUUGUCAUGUCCAUGUAUACAUUGCUUCGGAACAAACCGGAGCCCAAAAUGGAGGACAUAGAAGAUGCUUUCCAAGGGAACUUGUGUCGGUGUACAGGGUACAGACCCAUUCUGGAAGGAUACAGGACAUUUGCUAAAGUAAGUGGAUUUGAAUUGCUGUGGCAGAGUAGCCAAUGGUACUGGAUGCUGUCGUAGUGAGAGGGAAAAUAGCAUGAAUGGAGGCUGCUGUGGAGGAAAAGCCAAUGGUCCAGGCUGCUGC